ACUUGUCUUAUUCUGCUGUAUUCUGGGAUAUGCAUAUAUUCUAUAAAUGUGUCAAAAGAUACAAAAGCAGCUUUCUGCUUAUGGGAUUAGAAAAUACAUAAUGUUAGCCUCAAAGAGGAAGUAUGCCCUCAUGUUUAGACAAAAUCGUUGCAACACAUAGCUUGAUGGUGGUAAUCGCUUCGUCAUUUCUGAAAAAUAGGAGUCGUAACGGAAGCAAAUUGAAAAGACAAUUGCGUCUUAUGACUGGAUUUCUUCUUAAAAGAAUACUACUCGUUACACCAACAUGCUCCUUCUGUCAGUCCAGUUUGUACAUCAGUGUCCUGUGAGUUGAUGGGUGGUAGUUAGCGCUGGAGCAAUCAGUCAAUUCCUGCUGCCCUGAUGAAAUCAAAUAUCUGGACCUGCAAAGCUGAGGACCGGCUGCUGAGCUGUGGUAACCACGCCAUGUGAAGUCUGUGAGCACUGGCCUCACUGGGAUACCCACCCACGAUUUGCCGCUCUCAUUGCUACUCUUCUAGAUGAAGAUCACAACUGGCCCCUCCACUGCCUCUCCUUUCCAAGCUUUCUAAGAGGUACAUUUUUUUUUAUUCUCAGGAGAAGACAGCAUGGGAGGAAGUCACUCUAAACCUGACAAACCCCACACCACGGCUGCCCCAACCACGACCUCCGUGCAGUGCUCCUCUGCCCACUCCAACAAAGAACUUCAUUUGGUCUUAGCCUUUUUUGCUGGGGUUCUACUGACACUGCUGCUGAUGGCCCUUGUCUUCCUCAUCAUAAAGAGCUACAGAAAAUGUCACUCCAGUCCCCAGGCUCUGGAUCCUCGCUCAGACCCUGCAGCCAAGCUUUCAUCUGUCCCAGAGGAGGCUCUCACGUAUGCCAGCAUGAAUUUUAAAAGCUCGGAAGGAAAGAGAGAUCACUUGACUACAAAUCAUUUUUCAGACUCAGACCCCGUUGUCUAUGCUCAAAUUAAAGCAACAAACUCCUCCUGCCGUUCCAGUGAGGCUUGAAUCCAGUUCCUCUCAUCUCAGCUCCAUCUUCAUACAUCACUUUCCCUUUUUACAAAUUUUGGGCCACAACCUGGGUGAAACUGCAGAUGGAGUUGUUUGGGUGUGAUCUUGCAAUGUUAGCCAGCAGUUUUGAAGACAGAGGGUCAGUCUUUUUCCUGCCCUGGGAAAAGAUUGCUGGCCCUCCCACGUGUAAUGACAGCCUCCUAGCCCCAUGAGGGCUGAGACUGCCCCCCUUGUCCCCUUCCAAAGUGUGUGGUACAGAGCUCAGUGCACAAAGAGUGUUCAUUCAGUGUCAUUGUUCAGCUUGAGAGGAGUCAACCAAAUGAACAAUCUAGCAAGAAUUACAAAUAAAAGCAAACCCUCUACAA